UACCCCGUCCCUGCUCCCCUCCCGUUGCCGGCUGCUCGCGGGGCUGGGGUCCGGGUCCCUUCGGCAUGCCCGAGCCUCUGCCCCCCACGGAGCUGUACACCUCGGAGCGGGUGGUGGUGCUGAUCUCCUGUGUGCUUUCCUUCCUGGGUUCCAGCCUCCUGGUCUGCACCCAUGCCCUGUGGCCGGAGCUGCGGACCCGUCCCCGGCAGCUUCUGCUCUACCUGUCGCUGGCGGAUCUCCUCUCUGCCCUCUCCUACUUCUACGGGGUGCUGCAAGACUUCCAGAGGACCUCCUGGGACUGCGUGCUCCAGGGCGCCCUGUCCACCUUCUCCAACACCAGCUCCUUCUUCUGGACGAUGGCCAUUGCCGUUUACCUCUACAUCACCAUUGUGAGGGGCUCGCCCACAAGCACAGGCUUGCUCUGCUGCUUCCAUGUCGUGAGCUGGGGUGUUCCCCUUGGUAUUACAGUGGCUGCUGUUGCUCUGAAGAAGAUUGGUUAUGAUGCCUCCAAUGUUUCUGUGGGCUGGUGUUGGGUCAACUUGGAUGCAGAGGAUCGGGUCAUGUGGAUGUUGUUAACAGGGAAAGUUUGGGAGAUGUUGGCCUAUGUGAUUUUGCCCGUGCUCUACAUUCUCAUCAAGAAGCACAUCAAUAUAGCGCACGCAGCCCUCUCAGAGUAUCGCCCCAUUCUCUCAAGAGCACCGGCAUUUCAGCCCCGGACUUCCAUAGCAGAUAAGAAGUUGGUUCUCAUCCCUGUCAUCUUCAUCAUCCUCCGCAUCUGGAGCACUGUGCGAUUCAUUCUGACCCUCUGUAACUCCCCUGCAGUGCAAAAUUCAGUCUUGGUUGUCCUGCAUGGAAUCGGCAACACGUUCCAAGGAGGUGCCAAUUGUGUUAUGUUUGUCCUUUGCACUCGGGUGGUCCGGGCUCGGCUGUUUUCCUCCAUUUGUUGUUGCAACUGUGACGAGUUGGAUUGGCACUUGGGAAGAUCCAACAGCUCCUGGCAGCACCCAGAACCCCACGAGGAUGUCCCAGGCUCGGAGAGGGCGAAGCCUCUGCUUUCCACCACCUGAGUCUGGGCUGCCUACAGCUCAGUGUUGAUUUUUUUCUCUGUCUCGGUGCUGGAUCAUCCCCAAGUCCCACAGAGGGAGCUAAAGCCUGGGGAAAAGCACCUCUGGAGUAGCUGAGCAAACAGAAGAGGUCCUGCUGCUCCUCAGCGUUCAGAUACCAGCUGCUUUGGUCUUGGACUUUGCUCAGGAUCCUCUGGAAGAUACUGUGUGCCUGUACUCCUACUUUCUGGUUUUUCUUCCAUCCUUCCCCUCACCUUCUUCUAUAAAUCUUAAAAAUUGUUUGGGGUCUUGCUUUGCUGUCUGACAAGGUGAAUGUGUUGUGUAUUCUGGGAUGAACGAGUAUCGUGAUGAUAGGAAAACUUUAACUGCCAAAUAGGACUAUGCUGGGCAUGGAUUUUUGUCCCACUGUGUGAGGUCUUCCAGGGAGCUCCAGCCUGUCUCCUGCUCUUCAGUUGAAUGUGGACAAUAGUGUGCAAAGAUGCUUGUGUUGCGGUGGUGAUGGACAGUUCCUCUUGAUGGUUUAUUCCUCCUCUUUGGUGGUUUUAAGGUCAUUAUCACCAGGGUUUGUGGUGGCAGCAUGCUUACUGCCUCCUGGGAAAAUCUGAACUUUGCAGACUCCCUUGGUGCUCAGGGAUAUCUGGAUGUACCACCCCAGCCUCCAGCAAGUGCAGCUCUCACCAGCAGCCAGGCUGUGCCUGGCAUGUGCUCUGAACUCCAGAUGUUCUCUGUCAAAGCUGCAGGUUACUGUCUGUUCUUGCAUUGGGAGUGUCAUAUCAGAGCUGGGGAGGGGGUUGUUUUUGUUUGCUAUUUGGAGAUAGUGUUUUAUCUCAUUUAUAGCUCCUUAAUUGUGGGGGGUUUUUUAAACAUUUUCUCCAACUUCUACAAAAUAAAGUUUUGUUUCUUUACCAA